UGGAGCUGCAGCAGAGGCUCAGCUCCAGCCUGGAGCUGAACCUCCCUCCAACUCCAACCUCCGGAUUUCUUUCCUUUCAUUUCUCUUGUCUUAUCUCCUUUCAAUUUCAUUCCACCCGAUACGAACUACUCUUGGGCGCAUUUGAUGUGGAGUAGGAGAGGAAAUCAAUCAUUGAGUCUUGUAUUCCAACGCCUCCAAGACCAAUCACCCUUGCAGCAACACUAGCAACAUGAGUCAACUGGGAGACAAAAUCUCUGGCUCUGGCAGCGAUGCAGGUAGGGUCAAAUCUGCGAAGGACGUCAUUCUCAAACUCGCAGACCCCCCACCCAAAAAAGUGAAACAUCAGUCUCCACAGGACGCCAUCGACGAGUUCUGGAAGAAGUUCGACACAAAAACUCCAGGAAUAGCAUCCACUGUCAUACCAAAGAACCUCCUUGCGAAGAAGGCCAGCGAAAAGAGCCCCAAGGGUCUUGUCAAGGGGAGGAAUGCUGCAGCGUCCUACGAAGAAGCAGCAGCGAUCUGCAAAGAGAAGGUCGAGAAGAUUGUGCAUGAGUGCCAUCGAACCAAUACAAAAUACCUCGACCCCCAUUUCGAUAUCGAGACCGAUCUGGAUUGGGACAAAGAUUGUCUUACGCAAUUGAAGUCAAGCGAUGAAGAGCCGAAAUCCUCCGCCAUACCAGAAAGCGUGAAGCGAGUUGGGGACAUAUUCGAAGACCCAAAAUUCUUCGUCGAAGGAGCAUCUGCAAAUGACGUCCGUCAAGGCAAUGAUGGCGACUGUUGGUUUCUAGCUGCUCUUUGCGCCUUGGCGAAUAAACCUGAUCUCAUUGAGAAAGUCUGCGUCGCGAGAGAUGAAAAGGUUGGAGCGUAUGGCUUCGUGUUUCAUCGAGAUGGGGAAUGGGUGUCAGAGAUAAUUGACGACAAGCUAUAUUUGAUCAAGCCCGACUACGACGCAAGUUGGCUUGAGCGCAUGAUGCUUGACGGCCACCAUCGCAUCAACUCAGAGGAAGAGUACCGCAAGCUCUAUCAGACCGGCUCUUCUGCCUUAUUCUUUGCCCAGUGCCAGGACCCUAAUGAGAGCUGGCUUCCUCUGAUGGAGAAAGCAUACGCUAAAGCUCAUGGUGACUACUCAGCCAUUGAGGGAGGCUACGCUGGUGAAGGAGUGGAAGAUUUGACUGGAGGUGUGACCACAGAGCUUUUCAUAACAGACAUCCUCGACAAAGACUAUUUCUGGAAGGAAGAACUCUUGAAGGUCAAUGAAGAAUUCCUCUUUGGUUGCUGGGCCUAUCAGCGGGGUUACGGCUCCCGAAAGGGCAUUGUUGAAGGACAUGCCUACUCAGUCAUGAAGGCAGUAGAGGUUGAUGGUCAGAGGUUGGUCCUUUUGAGGAACCCCUGGGGCGAGGUCGAGUGGAAAGGCCCGUGGAGUGAUGGCAGCAAAGAAUGGACACCGGAAUGGAUGCAAAAGCUCGACCACCGCUUUGGAGACGAUGGGGUCUUCUGGAUGUCCUACGACGAUCUCAUGAAGAAGUAUCAAUUGUUUGACCGUACAAAAUUGUUCUCGGAUGAGUGGAAAGUAACACAGCAGUGGACAACCGUAACUGUUCCUUGGAAUGUUGAUUACAAUGACACCAAGUUCACAUUUACGCUGGAAAAAAAGUCCUCCGUUACGAUAGUACUUUCUCAGCUUGACUCUCGAUACUUUCGUGGUCUUGAGGGUCAGUAUACAUUCGGCUUGUCAUUCCGUGUGCAUAAGGCAGGAGAACAGACUUAUCUCGUACGCAGCUGCAAUAGGUACAACAUGAGCCGAUCUACGACCGCUGAGCUCGAACUUGACCCAGGUGAGUAUAACGUCUUGAUGAAGAUUGAAGCAAGGCGCUCGGAGGACCGCUGGCCGAUUGAGAAAGUCGUUCGCGAGAAUGCUAAAGAGCGCCGUGGGAAGCUUGUGCGCAUUGGCCUUUCGUACGACAUGGCUCAUGCCAAAGGACAUAUUACAGAGACCGAGGAAGAAAAAGCAGGGAAGAAGAAAGUCGAAGCUGCUAAGAAGACGAAGCUUAUGAAAGAGACUAAAGAGAAACUAAUGAAGGAGAAGAAAAAGAGAAAGCAUAAUGAAAAUAAGGAGAAGAGAAAACAGCGUGCUGCCAAAGCGAAGAGACAGGCUAAAGCCAAAGCCAAAGCUGAGAAGAAAGCUCAAAAGGAGAAGGAAGCCAAGCCAGAGGUGAAGGAUGAACCAAAAGUUGCCGAGCCUGGGAAUGAGUCUGCUUCUGUUGAUGCACCUGCGGAACCAGCAAAAUCCACAAACACUCCUGAGCCAGCAAAACCUGACACCACAGCAACACCUGCCGGUCCUCCCCAAACUCUCGAAAUCAGAGCGAAAGGCCCCAACCCAUCCGCCCCGCCGCCCACCGUCGGCUUCCCGGACGAUGAGGAUGACGAUGAUGACUCCGACAUCCACUCUGAUGUGUCUGAUAUCUCUGACGGCGAAAUCGAAGACUACCUUGCUGAGCAAAAACUGGCCGCAGAGCAAGCCAUUCCUCCUCCACCUCCACCGGAACCGGAAGAGGAGGAGGAUGAAUUUGAGGCUGAUCCAUGGAAUGCCGUUGUUGUUGUGGGAUUGAGGGUUUAUUCGAAGGAGAAUGGUGUUUCAGUGAAGGUUGUUAGACCGAGAGAUUGGGAGGAUGGUGAGGGGAAGCUGGAUGUGGAUGAUUCUGCGGCGGAUGCGACUAAGGAUAUCGAUGGUGUUGGGGUGGCGGUUGAGAAAGUUGAGGCUGAUAACACCGUGGUGGAUAAGAAGGAGGAUAAUACAGAGAAGUAACCCAACAGGGACACCGAGGUCGUGGGGAUAAAAAAGAAGGGGAGACAUAGAAGAGUGGUGGUGGAAGUGAGGGGUCGGGGGUCGUGGCCUAAAAGUACUGGUGGUGUUUUCUCUUUGGCAUAUACCAGAUUGCAACGAUGUUCCCUUACAUGCAUACAUGGGUCAAUUCUAUACAACUGUUGUAUGUGGCCCCUGGUUUGUUGACAAUUUCCUCCGCCCCACCACCCGUACAAUUCGCAGCACUCUCAGCUUCCCACAUACUUUAAUUUGCAGCUUGUGAUACUCAAGCUUCAUCCUACGAGUCUAGGACAACGAAUUUGGCGAGAGAGGCGGCGAUGUGGUACCAGACCAUGUUUUUAGAGGACUGCGCACCACAGCAGUUCAUUGGAGUUGCAUUGUGUUGGCAUUUCAGACGAAAGCACGCACAGGUGCGAGGGUUCUGGCACAAACAUUGAGAUUGUAUAGGUACGGGCUCAAUGCGGCC